AUGCGUUGGAUACGCUGUGGGGAUCACACGGAAGUUGUCGAUGUAGAGUACGAUCCAAAUCUAAUAUCGUAUGCACAACUGCUUGCUUUGUUUUGGCAGAAUCAUGAGUAUGGUGUUACUACAAAGAUUAAGAGACAAUAUAUGUCGUUGAUUUUGUAUCAUGAUGAAGAACAAAAGUCGUUGGCUGAAAAGUCACGUGAACAAGAGCAGCACAAACGUACAGGUCUGGUUCUCACUGAGAUUAGAAAAUUCGAAAAGUUUUACCCGGCUGAAGAUUAUCAUCAAAAAUAUCGACUUCGAAAUCAUUCAUGGUUACUUGAAGCUACUGGCCUGACCAGCAAUGAGGAUCUUCGAAAUUCACCGUUAGCCGCUAAGUUAAAUGGUUAUAUAGCUGGUGCCGGAACUACUGAACAAUUUGAAAAAGACUUGCCGACUCUUGGCUUAAGUGAAAAAACCGCACAUGUAUUUCAUUUGCAGUAUGUCUGUGAUGCUGAUGGUUGUAAAACAUUUACAAGUAAUUCAAGUAAUAAUAAUAUAUCAUCUAUAAAGCUUUGUUCAUCUAAAGAUGUUCCUACUGAUUUUAAUUUUUCAAUAAAAGAAUACAAGAAUGGAGUAUCAGAAUUUCCUGAAAUAACAAAUCCAAUAAUUGAAUGUACAUAUGAUAUUGUACCUGAUAAUGUAAAGAAAACAAAAAUAGCACGUCUUGAAAUAGAGUUUUCCAUACCUCUAGUUACAGCUGUGAAGGUAAAAGUAGGAUCAUUGGAUAAAAGUAAGAUUCAUAAUGGACAAGAAGUAUGUAGACAUAAUUCUGAAGAAUUACCAGAUGGUUGGAAGAUUUUUAACAUUUUGUACAAUGAUACAGGAGUUGAACACUAUAACUUUAGUACACCUUUGACUGAAGAUUUAAAAAAUUUUAAUUAUUGUAUUCAUUUCUGGUAUCUUGAUCUAAGAUGUGAGGAACAAACUUUAUGGAAACCACCUGUGGAGAAAUGUUGGUGGUACAGACGUUGUCAAGAUGUCACUGAUCACAAUAAUUUUGGUGUUGUGCCUAGCACUAUUACUGAUGACAUUUCUUAUUUGUACUCACCCAUUAUUUUUAUCACAGUAACUAUAUUUAUCAUGAUUGUAAUUAUGUACCUGAUCUAUGUCAUAUGUGCUUACAAUGUACAAGCAAAAAUGGUUUACAUAAAUAUUUGUGAUGGUAAUAUUAAAACUGAGAAAACUAAACAUAAUAAAUCAAAUAUACAUGGCUUAAAAGACAAGAAGAAAAAAUUGAAGUGUGAGGAUACCAAUACUAUCAACACAGAUAUCAUAUUGUUAUAUCCUAAAGGUCCUGAAUCAUUCAUGGCACUGAUGGCAGAUUUUCGCGGAAUACUUAGUCGGGUCAGCCAGUGUGUUGUACAUGAUUGGUAUGACAGAAUGGAAUGGAACUAUGUCGCCGAGGUUGGUGCUUUUGAUUGGUUUGCUGAAAUGCUUCAAAAACAAUCCUGUGUCAUUUGGAUAGAUACACCAGCAAUGCGUUCUUUAAUCACACAAAAAUUUAAGAACAACCCUUUUUUUAAGAAUUCUGAGGAAUAUAGUUACGUAACAAUUGGUGAUUUUCGAGACGUAGUAUUUCCUACAGUGUUUAAUUUAUCUAAACGUAAUAUUGUACAAUCAGCGAUACAACGGCCCAAACAUUUUAUCAUACGAUUACAAGGAUUUCAAAAUUUUGAAAAUGAUGAUCCAUUUGUUGAUUUAUCUCCGCACAUGCGAUAUUACAUACCACAGGACUUAAACUUAUUAUGCUCAGAUUUGUCAAUAUUGGAAUCGAAUUUAAUUACAUCAUUAUCAAGUCAAGAAGAAAAUCUUAUAAAAAAGCAUUUAGAUUAUUUAUAA